GCUAAAUCGAUGUUCGUCAACAGUUCGCUGCUGGAAUUCAGCGGAGGAUUGAUAGAAGAUCCAACAAACCUAAGAAUAUACUUUCAUCGGCAUUAUUCUUAAGACAGAGAUGCAACGUUGUGUCUUCUCACAUUUAUCAAGAUUUAUUCAAGAUGUGCUCAGGUCUUAGGAGUGUUCCAUGGGAUCGCCCUGUUCACAUGGGACAUCAAAAUGAGAAGGAUGUACAGGGCAUGACAGCACUAUGGAAAAUCGAUGAACAGGAUUCGGAUCCACGUGUUGCCAUCCAGCAGGGGAAGGGUGACCCAGGCUGUUCGAACCCAGGAGCCUCAAACCUGCUCCUACACCCAGAGACCCUGUUCACAUCCUCGACUGGAGGGCUUUGAGUUCUGCAUCAAGCACAUACUUGAGGAUAAGAAUGCCCCUUACAAGCAGUGCAGUUAUGUGUCCAAUAAAAAUGGCAAGCGCUGCCCCAAUGCAGCCCCAAAACCAGACAAAAAAGAUGGGGUAACGUUUUGUGCUGAGCACGCACGUAGAAAUGCAUUGGUUCAGCAAGCUCAGAUGCGCAAGGCAUCCUCGGGUCCUUCCCAUGAAGUUCUGUUGUCUCAGCUCAGCGGCUACAGUCGGCCAGAUUCUGGCGCAGAGGGGCGUAGUGAAGCUAGUCGCAUACUAGAUGAUGACAGCUGGAGUGAAGAGGAGCAGGAUCCUGUUGUCUUGGAUCCGACUUGGAGAGGUGACCCUGACAGUGAGGCUGAAAGUCUAGACAGUGACCAUGAAGACCCUUUGAAGCAUGCUGGCGUGUACACAGCAGAAGAGGUGGCACUCAUAACACGUGAAAAGCUAAUCAGACUCCAGUCCCUGUACAUAGACCAGUUUAAACGUCUGCAACACUUAUUGAAAGAAAAGAAGCGACGCUACCUGCAUGGUCGCAAAAUCGAGCACGAGACCAUUGGGAACAGCCUGCUAACAGGCCCAGAGGGACUGUCCACAAAGGAGCGUGAAAACCUUAAAAAAUUAAAGGCUUUGCGUCGUUAUCGUCAUCGCUAUGGCGUGGAGGCUUUACUGCAUCGCCAGCUGAGAGAGCGCAGACAAGCAAUAACAGAGGGUGUUGCACCACAGGGGCUGCGCUCCGGCCAAAGAUGCAUUUCAUUUGUGGAAGGGACACGCUGUUCAAAUCAGUGCCUGCCGAUGACACAACAUUGUGUCUCUCAUAUUUAUCAAGACAGUGGCCAAGUUUUAUUUAAGAUGUGCCCAGGUCUGAAGGAUGUCCCUUGUGAUCGUCCUGUACACAUGGGACAGUCGGAGGAGCCUCGUUGUUCUUUGCACCUGACUUUGCCUCCACCCAUGUACCAACCUGAACAGGAGUCUAUUGCCCCGGAGGAACUAGCAGUUGCACCCACAGAUAUGUACCUUAGUGCCGCAGAGCUCCAGCCCACAGAAAAUCUGCCAUUGGAAUUCAGUGAUGAUCUUGAUGUUGAAGAUGAGGGUUUGCAGUGUCCUCCAUCUCCCCUGCUGUUUGAUACAGCCCUCGCUUUAGAAGACCAAACCAUCAGAGAAAUUGCAGAGGCUCCCAUGGAUAUUCUGACAGGGGAUGAGCAGGGCUUUGAAGCCCAAGACGCAGAGCUUUCAGAAAGAGAUGAGGUGUCUGUGGAAGACCAGGUUGAAUCUGAACAUUUCAAAGCAGUUGGACAAGUGUUUACCACACAGAAUUCUUCAAGAGACUUUUGACAGGAAGACAACAGAUGCCUUAUCUUGAGCACCAUGUGACCUGACUUUCUCAGCUGUCAUAGUGUUGAUAUUUCAAACAAUUUAAAUAACUUUGUUUAAAAGCAAUUCUUCCGGAGGCCUGCUUUCAUUGCAGAAGUAUUCUUAAAUCCAGGCUUCUCUUUUCUAUAAAUAGCAGACUGACAUGUUUCUGCUUUUUGUGAAGCUUAAAGGGCAUGUAGAACAAUUACAUGCACAUUCAAAGGUCAUAGAAUUUAGAAGGACUUAUGUGGAUGUCAGAUAUCAAAAUUUUCAUCAAACUACAGAAAAAGUCACUUUCUUUGUUUUAACAGUAGAUAUCUUAUUUAAAUCGCAUGUACUGGUAUUCGUUGACUAAAAUAAAUCUUCACACAGCG